AUGAAGACUCUAAUUAUCUUAUCGGUGGCUAUUUGCUUUUCAGCUGCUGCUUCGCUCCCAAAGCAGCAGGAAAGGAUAAUAGGUGGAUCAGUGACCAAUAUCAACACUUAUCCGUUCACAGCUGCUCUUCUUUUCAGACGAAGUGGCAACAAUUUCCGACAAUGGUGUGGUGCUACAAUUAUUAACAAUAGAUCUGCUCUCUCAGCUACUCACUGUUGGAUUGGGCAAGCAACUGCCAGUCUUCACCGCAUGCGUGUCGGUUCCACCAGAGCCAACAGUGGGGGUUCCGUACAUAAUGUGGCUCAGCUCAUCAGUCACCCACACUACAAUACCAGGAGCCACGAUAACGAUGUUGGCGUGGUCAGAGUAGCGACCGCUUUUAACUUUGGAACAAGCGUGCGAGCUGGAGCUCUUAUUGGAGCCAAUGUGAAUAUCCCUGACAAUGCAAACGUAAUGGCUCUUGGAUGGGGAUACACGACUCCUUUUGGAAGUCCAUCGGAACAACUCCGUCACGUUGAAUUACGGACAAUCAAUCAAGCACAAUGCGCUAAUGCGUAUGGUGGAGGCGCUAUCACUGCGAAUAUGCUGUGUGCCGGCUGGAACUUCGGUGGUCGGGGUUCUUGCUUUGGUGACUCUGGCACAGGUCUCGUUCACGGUAACGUGGUGAUCGGCGUCACUAGUUUCGGUCGUGAAUGUGCAUCCGCACGCUGGCCAGCUGUUUAUGCCAGAAUUUCAAGAUAUAUUGCCUGGAUUCGAAACAAUGCUUAA